AUGGCGACCUCGUCCGAGGGAUGGCAAGAGGGGAAGGCGCCGGCCGAGGGGGAGAAGGCGAAGACCACUGCACCGAAGAAGAAGAUGGUGAGGUUCACGCAGCAGCAGAUCGACGCCUGCAUCGCCAACGGGGAGCCGACGCUACCGUGCGAGAACACCAGGCCCGUGCUCACGGAAUCCUUCACUAAGGAUUUCCUGGACAAGCUGCCGCAGCACCUCCUGGACGCCCUCGCCAGGAUAGACGCCGACAGGCAAACGAGGAAAGCCAAGAGGACUGCUCUGCAGGAAGGACUCCGCAAGGAGCAUCAGGAUAUCCUAGAGCAGUACUACAGCAAGGGCUACGCUGAAGUCAAGCAAGACGUAAAGACAAAGUGCGCCUUCGAUGUCGUGUGGGCGAAGGCGCAAGCCAGCACCACGGCGCCCGCUAAACCGUCCCCGCAGACCCAGUUCGUGUUGGCGGCAAUGGGAGAAGCAGGAGAGCGCACGGAGGCGGCGCUGGCGGCGAUUCGAGAGAGCUUGGACCUCGUCCAUGUUCAGAUGGGCUCUCUAGACGCGCGGAUGGGGCUGCUGGACACCGCGUACCAGCAGGUGGCGUCGCAGAUGGAUCUCCACUCGCGCGCCGUGUCGGAGCACACGCGCAUGAUGGAUUCUAUGGAGCAGCGUCAGGAUUCGUUGGCCCAACACAUGGCGGCCAUGGCGGAGGCGGUGGCGCGGCUCGGCAACAAUAGACCCCUGUACAGCGAGGGGGACGAUGAGGAGGUCCAUGUGGUGCACCCGCAUGGCAAGGCGGUGGUGACGGGAGGCAGUCGGGGAGCGCCUACCGGUGCAAGUUCGCGACCCUCCACUUCGGCAACUCGGCCUCCAGAUUCGGGCGGUCCGACAGGCGGCGGUGAGACGGGACGCUCCGGUGAGCACCAGGGCAAGGUACCGCUGAAAAUCCAUUUUCCCUCAUUCAGUGGUGAGUUUCCCCGCAUCUGGCGAGACAAAUGCCUUGAUUACUUCAGAGUUUGCAAUGUGCACCCAACUAUGUGGCUUACGGCGGCAACCAUGCAUUUGGAGGGGAAUGCCGCUCAUUGGUACCAGGCUUAUAAAUUGAAGCAUACAGUUCAGGGUUGGCCGGAUUUCAUUUCUGCGGUUGAGGCUAAGUUCGGUAUUCAUGAUCACCGGAUGUUUAUGGAUGAACUGUUGGCACUGAAACAAACUGGGACAGUGGAUGAGUACAGUUUGAAAUUCCAGGAAUUAGUGUACAAAAUCUCCGGGCACAACCCACAUUAUGAUGAGACUCUCUUCGUCUCUCAAUACUUGAAGGGACUGAAAAAUGAGAUCAGACUACCGGUGGCUUCACAAAUCCGGAGUCGUUGGACAGAGCUAUUCUGCUGGCACAUUUGCAGCAAGAUCUCCAAGCCAAGAGCAAACCAUGGGCACACAAAUCUCUGUCUCACUCUAAAGCAGAGCAGCCGGCACAGCGCCAGGAAAGUGCUAAGGCAGCAGUCAAACUGGGUGGUGGCUCUCUUUGGAAAGACAGACAGCUUCGUGAAUGGAGACGCGCAAAUGGCGAAUGUUAUCAUUGUGGACAUUGCUAAUGCUCAGGAGCUCUCACUGUCUCUGAACGCAAUCUUAGGUUCUCACGGAGAUGGCACUAUCAGGAUAAGGGCGUUAGUGGACAAUCAGGUCAUGCUCUUACUGGUGGAUUCAGGCAGCAGUAACACCUUCAUCAGUGAUAAAUUUGUCCAGCGAAUAAACUGUGAAACGGUGCUGAUUCCUGCUGUCUCUGUGAAGGUGGCCAGUGGGGAUGUACUUCAAUGUGAUCGCAUGGUUCCUCAGUUAUCUUGGUGGGCUCAGGGACACACUUUUGAAACCGACAUGCGAGUUCUUCCGCUGGGUGCAUACGAUGCCAUUUUGGGAGUCGAUUGGCUGAAACAAUGUGGAGAAAUGAGGUGCAGUUGGGUCACCAAAACCCUGAAGUUCGAUCACAAAGGCAAAGAGAUCACACUCCGGGGCAUUCCAAUAAAAGAACAAGGUCCAUUAAAUGAGGUACCAGUCGAACAGUUGUGGAAAUGGUCUACAGGCAAUGAUGUGUGGGCUGUAGCAGUGUUGACACAUGACAUGGUGUUUGCAGCUACCGAAGGAGUCCCUGCUGAGAUACAAGCUGUGCUCGAAUAUUCCCCUCUCCACAAGGAUGAAACUGAAAGACAAAUCAGAAACAUGCUGAAAUCUGGCAUAAUUGUGCCCAGCAUGAGCCCAUUUGCUUCUCCGGUGCUGUUGGUCCUCAAAAAAGAUGGAGAGUGGAGGUUCUGCAUUGACUAUCGGAGGCUGAAUGAGCUCACCAUCAAAAACACAUUUCCCAUGCCAGUCAUUGAUGAGCUGCUCGACGAAUUGGUUGGUGCCAAAUACUUCUCCAAGUUGGACCUUCGUUCCGGCUACCACCAAAUUCGCAUGAAACCAGAGGACGAAGCAAAGACUGCCUUCAAAACACAUCAAGGUCAUUAUCAAUUCAGAGUAAUGCCUUUUGGAUUGUCGAAUGCUCCUGCAACAUUUCAGUGUGUCAUGAAUUCUAUCCUCAACCCUUGUCUCAGGAAAUUUGUGUUGGUAUUUAUGGAUGACAUCCUCAUUUACAGCCCAACUUUAGUUGACCAUGCAAAGCAUCUAGCAACGGGAUAUGGCAUUCUGGCUCGCCCUCUCACUAAUUUACUCAAGCAUAAAGCCAAGUUUGAUUGGACUCCGGAGGUGGACACUGCAUUUCGGCACCUGAAAGAGGCGAUGAUAACAACCCCGGUGCUGGCACUGCCAGAUUUCCAGAAGCAAUUCGUGGUAGAAACAGAUGCUUGCGAUUCAGGAGUCGGAGCAGUACUUAUGCAGGAGGGUCACCCAAUUUCAUUCUUGAGCAAACCAUUAAGUGUACAGCAUAAGUCCCUAUCCAUAUAUGAGAAGGAGUUCCUAGCCCUGAUUAUGGCAGUAGAACGGUGGAGGCCAUACUUACAACGAGGUGAAUUCGUUAUCAAAACUGACCACCACAGCCUCACAUAUCUGGAUGAACAGACCCUCCAGUCUCCGAUGCAGCACAAAGCAAUGGCGCGCAUGAUGGGACUGCAAUUCAAAAUCAGUUACAAAAAGGGAGCUGAAAACUCUGCAGCUGAUGCUCUGUCUAGAGUGGGCCAAGUGUUCCAACUACAGGCCAUCUCUGAGGUGAGACCAAUCUGGUUCCAGGAGGUGAUUAACUCCUAUGUUACUGAUCCAGUAGCACAGGAGAAGCUGCAGAAGCUGGCACUUCACAGUCCAGAUGAGCAGGGAUAUGAACUGCAACAAGGGCUAAUCAAAGUGCAUGGCAAGAUAUGGUGGGAGGACAUUCUGGGGUUCUACCUACCUACACCAGACUUAAGCGGCUGUUUUCCUGGCAUGGCAUGA